AACGCCUUACAGUAUAAAAGGUCUUCUCACCAAAAAUGGCGUCCGCUAGAAGAAGCCGACCUAACAUUCUGAUAACAGGGACCCCAGGAACCGGCAAAAGCACAACUGGCGUCGAGCUAGCUAACAGGCUAGGCUUCAAGUAUAUUAAUGUCGGCCAGCUAGCGAAGGAAAAUGAUUUGUACGACGGAUGGGACGCGCAAUAUGAAUGCCACGUGCUUGACGAAGACAAGGUCAUUGACGAGAUGGAAGACAAUAUGACAGAUGGAGGAAAUGUUGUGGAUUAUCAUGGCUGUGAAUUUUUCCCAGAGAGAUGGUUCGACAUUGUUUUUGUGCUCAGAACAAACAACACAAUCUUAUUCGACAGACUGCAACAAAGAGGCUACACUGGUAAAAAGCUUACCAGCAAUGUUGAAUGUGAGAUAUUUCAAACAAUCCUAGAAGAAGCCAGAGACAGUUAUAAUCCUGAAAUUGUGCAUGAGCUCGAGAGUAAUGCACCAGAAGAUUUAGAGCGGAAUUUGGAACAAAUCCAGGCUUGGGUCAUGCAGUGGAGUUCCUGAAUAUAAUGAUGAGCCCUCAAACAUGAGAUUGGAUCACCAAAAGUCACCUGUGAAGUGACUGAAUGAGAAAUAUGCAGAGGUGUUGCUUCUUGGCUGCAAUAAUGCAUACUGAGAAAAUCACUUCAAAGCUCUUUGUAUGUAGAUGGACGGCACCUGCAAGCGAAGCCUUUUUUUUUAGAAAAAUAUAUGAAAUAUUUCCCUUGGCUUCAAUAACCCACACUUGAAAUGGAAGAAAUGACAGUGGUUUAGAUACUCUAGGCAGAAACAGUACUGUUAAGUACUGCUCUUUGCAACUAUUGAGGCUGGCAUUAGUCUUUCAAACCACUGCUGCCAACUCUUCUGAAAAAUGAGAGAAAUCUACAGUCUCUGGGGGAACAAAGAGGGCUUAGAUUUGUUUUUAUUUUACCCUGCUGUUUGUUGGUUAUAAAUAUCUGCCACAAAAAUGGUUUUAUUCAGUGAUGACACAAAUAUAAUUUCUAUUUAAGCCCACAUGUGGACAUUUCUCAAACAAAAGCAAAGGUGAAAGUAUUUACAUUAUUAGUGAACUGCUAGUGAUCCAGGGUAUACAGUUGGACUACUGUAGUAGAAAUGUUUUGUGUACACCUACUGUAGUAUAAAUUUUUUGUGUACACCUACUGUAGUAGAAAUGUUUUGUGUACACCUACUGUAGUAUAAAUGUUUUGUGUACAUCUACUGUAGUAUAAAUGUUUUGUGUACACCUACUGUAGUAUAAAUGUUUUGUGUACACCUACUGUAGUAUAAAUAUUUUGUGUACACCUACUGUAGUAGAAAUGUUUUGUGUACACCUACUGUAGUAUAAAUAUUUUGUGUACACCUACUGUAGUAUAAAUUUUUUGUGUACACCUACUGUAGUAUAAAUGUUUUGUGUACACCUACUGUAGUAUAAAUGUUUUGUGUACAUCUACUGUAGUAUAAAUGUUUUGUGUACACCUACUGUAGUAUAAAUGUUUUGUGUACACCUACUGUAGUAUAAAUGUUUUGUGUACACCUACUGUAGUAUAAAUGUUUUGUGUACACCUACUGUAGUAGAAAUGUUUUGUGUACACCUACUGUAGUAGAAAUGUUUUGUGUACACCUACUGUAGUAGAAAUGUUUUGUGUACACCUACUGUAGUAGAAAUGUUUUGUGUACACCUACUGUAGUAGAAAUGUUUUGUGUACACCUACUGUAGUAGAAAUGUUUUGUGUACACCUACUGUAGUAGAAAUGUUUUGUUUACACCUACUGUAGUAGAAAUGUUUUGUGUACACCUACUCUAGUAUAAAUGUUUUGUGUACACCUACUGUAGUAGAAAUGUUUUGUGUACACCUACUGUAUUUCAAAUAAAAACUGUGGAUCUUGUUGUUACUGGUAUUGAGCAUGAUUAAAACACUCCAGAUUUGGUGAGCUAGUAAGUAUUCAUUGUUCAUGUGUCAAAUUACAAUGGCUUUCAGACAAUUACCACGGAAACCUUACCACAAGCCCUUGUAAGUUAUAACACAUUGGUAGUGCAAUCUUUUGAAAUAGGUGUUUACAAUACAUAAGUUUGUGGUGCAAACCAUGCAUGAUUCAAGAUAUAAAAUUCAAUCUGUUCUAUUAUACACUUUUUUACAGCUGAACCAGUAAACCAUGAGCAUGGGAAAUAUGCAUGUAAUGUUUGUUCUGAUCAAUCACAUGCAGGAAUUUAAAACAGUCAACUAGGAACAUGCCUCCACAAGCUGGUGAUUUGUCAGAGUACAAUAAACAUUCCAGACACAUCUUGGGUGUUAAAAGGUUUUAAGUCUUUCUGACAAACAUACAAGUACAAAUGACCAUUGUCAAGUAACAGUUCUUAGACUAAUAUGUAGAUGUGUAGCAUAGCUCUGAUAUAUCUACUAAAUUGAGGAGAAUACUAACAACUGAUGUAUGUAUGGUGCAGUUCAUGUAUUCCCCUUAUUCUUACAAAUAACUCGUACUGAUAAGCACCUUUUCAGUGCCCUUAAAAAAUGAUGUACAGUUUCACAGUUUAAAAUCAUGUACAGUAUAUGGCCGUGAGACACUUGUCUUGACAAACAUUGUUUAUUGCUAUUUACAGAUUAACAAGCCAGGAUCAAAGUGCCUAAUCACCUUGCAUAUAUCCCAAACUGCUUUCUUGGUUGCAGUCCAUAAAUGUUACUAAGGCCUAGAGCAAAUGCCAUUCUCUUCAUGUGCCAUUCCAAGUACAAAUCAAUGGUUAUGAACAUAAAACGAAAGAACAGCAUUUUCCCAGGGCAUUAAAAUAUUUUAUGGCAUAAAAUUUUUGUUAUGGCAUAAAAUAUUUUGUUAUAGCAUAAAAUAUUUUGUGAUUUAGCCUUGUAGAUACGUUAUUUUAUCAUACAAGAAGUUCUGAAGAUAUCUACAGACUUAUGUAAAUUAUUAAUAUGUACAUACCAAAGCCGCAGCAGGCCUCAAAUUAUUGUAGGACCUCAAAACAGAAACGUCAAUAAAACAUUGUUGGGCACAGCCA